UUAAUUUAAUCUGUGUUGCUUCUGCUACCAAUGAUUUAGUCAGAGCACAGGCUAGUAUUAUUUAAUCUGUGUUAAUUCUGCUAUUAAUGGCUUACUCAGAAUUCAGUAUGCGAGGUUGUUCCAUGCAUGUAUGUUUGCCUUUCUUUUCAUUAAACUUGUUCAUUAAAUUUGACCAUGGAUUACUUUAUAUAUCAUUGCUAUAAGACCAGACCAGUGACUAUAUUCUUAGAAAAUUCAUCAUAUAUAUAUAUUAAUAAUUAUUUAUAAAUUCCCUAUGUUACUGAGACUGGCUUAUGCUGUCAAGGAAAGCACUCUUGAUAGUCUAAUUACUGAGCUCCUUCUAUGGCUGUUGGAUGAGAGAGUUCCACAUAUGGAUGAUGGCAUCCAGCUUUUAAAAGCUCUGAAUGUUCUGAUGUUAAACAUUCUGGAUAAGACUUGCCAUUUCAUUUCUUCCCUCUUCUUUUUUUCAUUUAUUCUUAUCCUGACUCGCAUGUCUUAUUUUAGUCUGAUUUGUUAUUCAACUUUACAGGAUAAUGCAGAUCGAACUUCAUCCUUUGUUGUUCUCAUCAAUCUCUUACGUCCAUUAGAUCCUUCAAGGUGGCCCUCACCUGCAUCAAAUGAGACAUUUGCUGUCAGAAAUCAGAAGUUCUCUGAUCUGGUUGUUAAAUGUUUGAUAAAACUUACAAAGGAAGGCAAUGUUGCCAACCAGAGGGAACAUCUAAUUCUUCUCCUUGCCAAUAUUCACAUUCAGAAAACUAAUAAGCAGUCUGUCUUGAAGGAUCUUGCAGGCAAAGGACACCAAGUGAAUUAGAUAGAGAGGUUAAGAACUUGAGGGUGGCAUUUACUGACCUGUUUUGAAGCAUAACACUUUCAAAGAAAUUGCAAAGCCAUCAAGAUAUUGAUGCAAAGAAUGGAAGAAUGUAUUUCAC